GGGCUGGCAGCUCGGAGAGCAGCCCCGGGGGCCAAUGGGGACCCGUGCCGGGCCAGCGAGCGCGGGCCAGCAAGAGCCUUGGGAUUGAGGAGCGGGUAGCGGAGGACCAUGACCUCGGUGUGGAAGCGGCUGCAGCGCGUGGGCAAGCGGGCCGCCAAGUUCCACUUUGUGGCCUGUUACCAUGAGCUCGUGGUGGAGUGCACCAAGAAAUGGCAGCCAGAUAAGCUGGUGGUGGUGUGGACUCGGCGGAACCGGCGCAUCUGCUCCAAGGCCCACAGCUGGCAGCCGGGCAUCCAGAACCCAUACCGGGGCACCGUGGUGUGGCUGGUGCCUGAGAACGUGGACGUUGCGGUGACCCUCUACAGGGACCCUCAUGUGGAGCAGUAUGAGGCCAAAGAGUGGACCUUUGUCAUUGAGAAUGAGUCCAAAGGACAGCGGAAGGUGCUGGCCACAGCCGACGUGGACCUGGCCCACCACGGGGGCCCCAUGCCCACCCAGGUCCCCCUGCGGCUGCGGCUGAAGCCCAAGUCGGUGAAAGUGGUGCACGCCGAGCUGAGUCUCACCCUCUCAGGGGUGCUCGUGCGGGAGGGCCGAGCCACGGACGAUGACAUGCAGAGUCUGGCGAGCCUCAUGAGCGUGAAGCCUACUGAUGUGGGCAACUUGGAGGACUUUGCCGAGAGCGACGAGGAGGAGGAGGCGAAUGGCCCAGGGGCCCCUGAGGCCAGAGCCCGGGCCCCUCAGCCAGAGCCCUCUCGGGAGCUGCAGACUCUCUGUGAGGAAGAGGAGGAGGGCCGAGGCAGGCCCCAGCAGCCAGCUGCCAUCCCCUCUCAUGCUAAGGACGCCAGCCCAGCCCCUGUGAGUCUGGCAGCACCCCCAGCCAGGGCCUCCCGGAACCUGGGGUCAGAGGCAUCUGUAAAGGGGGGCCGAUUGGGGCCUGAGGUCCCCCGGCCCCCGGGAACCCCACCGGAGAUGAGGUCUUCAAGUCAGCCAAGCCAGGAUGUGGCCACCCCCACCCCAACCCCCCGGUUCCGGAAAGACCCCGAUGUCCCCCAGCCCCCAGCCUGUCAUGAGAAGAACGAGGCCCCUGAAACCCCUGGGGCUGCCCCAGCUGGAAUGGGUUCACCCGGGGAGCCCCAGAUCUGGGCAAGACCCCAGGAAGAGACUGAGGCUCAGGGAGGCCAACCAGGCCCAGGCCUGGAGGCUGGAGGCUCCUGCGCCGUUCAGGGAGAGCUGAGGCCCACGGCUGAGAAGGGGGGCUCUGGGGACAGGCCGGAGGCCAGUGGGGUGGAGGCUGAGCAGAGGUCAGGAGUCGAGGAGGAGGCCCCAAGGAGCCCCGCAGGCGGGGCUGGGGAGGCAGCAGUUAGCUCACUUGCUCCUCCAGUUGAAGCUGAGCAGGGGUCCCAGGGCAGGCGUGUGGUCACGAAGGGACCAGAAGCCACUGGGGCAAAGGCAGAGGCAAGAUUCAGGGGGCCUCCUGAGGCUCCUCCAAGGGGUGCUCAGGGAAGGCUGGGGGUCAGGAGCAGGGAUGAGGCACCUCCAGGCCUGAGCCCACCCCCAGCAGAGCCUGCGGGGCGCUCCGGGUACCCUGAUGAGCUUCAGAAGCUCCUAGCUGCUGCAGACCAGGAGUGUGAGGGCACAGAGGUGCAGGGCAGAGCCCCUGGUGUUGGGGGGACAGGCCUGGAGCAGGGCCCCUCUGUUGGAGCAGCGAGCGCCAGGCCCCAGGUGAGCCAGAGCCAGGAGGCCCCACCAGCACCUGCCCAAGGGACAGUGUCUGGGACUCUGGGAAUGUGGGAAGGAGCUGGAGAUGCGAGGGUCCUGGGACCAGAGACUGGGGUGGCCAGGUUGCAGGUGUUGGGGACCCAAGAGACAGAGGGGGUGAGAUCAAGGGGCCUGGAGCCAGGACCUGCUGGGAAGGCAGAGUCGGAGGUACGAGGGAUGCAGAAGACAGGAGGGGGUGUUUCUGAGGUUCUGGGGGCAGAUGCUAAGACAGCAGGCCCUGAGAUGCUGGGGACCCAGGAGGUAUCAGGGGCUUCAGGGGUACUGAGGAUAGAAGCUGAGACAGUAGAUUUUGAGAUAUCGGGGUCCCAGGAGACAGAGAUGGAGGCUUCAGGGGUCCCAGGGGCAGAAGCCAGGAGGACGGAGGCUGAGAUAUUAGUGACUCAGGAGAUCCCAACUAGGGAUUCAGUGGUUGUGGGGACCGAGGCUAGAAUCGCAGCAUUGGAGAUUUUGGAGGCUCAGGAAGCAGAGGUCAGAGGUCCAGGGCUCCCAGGGAUAGAGACUGGGACAGCAGAAGCGAAGGUCUUGGGGACCCAGGAGGUAGCAUGUGAGGGUCCAGGGGCUCCAGGGGAUGAAGCUGCAGUAGGAGAACCUGAGCUGUCGGGGACCCGGGAGGCAGGCACAGAGCCCUCAGAGUUGCCAGAGACAAAGACUGUGAUGGCAGGUGCUGAAGUCUUGAAGACCCAAGAGCUAAGAGUUUCAGAUGCUGAGAAGGGAAAAGCCGAGACUUUGGGGAUUCAGGAGGCAGAGACUGGGGUGUCUGGGACUCUAGAAGCCAAACAUGAGGCUCCCAGGGCUCCAGUCUCCGAUCACAAAGUUUCAGGGUCUCCCCAGAAAGCAGAAGCAGAGGGUCCAGGGACCCAGGAGACAGAGACUAACGUUUUGAGAGCCCAGGAGGUAGAGGCCAGGGCAUGGGCGCUCUCAGAAGCUCAAUCCGGGGCUGUGGGGACCCUGGAAGCAGAAGUUUUAGGGUCCCCAGAAAACAAAGCUAGACUCUCUGAGGCCCAGAAAGCAGAGGCUCAGGUCCUGGGGGCCGAGAAGGCACUGGAAGCUGAAGGAAGCCCUGCAGAGAUCAGCCUGGGGGAAGUGCAGGUGGCCAGUGGGGCAGGGCCUGGGGUGCCCAGGCCCUUGGGGGCUACCUCCCCAGAGGAGCUGGAAGAGGACAGGAGGCUGCCGGGCAGCCAGGGACCACCUGUGCUGGUCAGCUCCAGCCAGUCCCUGUUGGAGUGGUGUCAGGAAGUCACCGCCGGCUACCGUGGCAUUCGAGUAACCAACUUCACCACAUCCUGGCGCAACGGGCUGGCUUUCUGCGCCAUCCUGCACCGGUUCCACCCGGACAAGAUUGACUAUGCCUCCCUGGGGCCACUGAACAUCAAAGAGAACAAUAAAAAGGCCUUCGAUGGCUUCGCGGCCCUGGGCGUGUCGCGGCUGAUGGACCCCGCGGACAUGGUGCUGCUCUCGGUGCCCGACAAGCUCAUCGUCAUGACCUACCUGUGCCAGAUCCGCGCCUUCUGUACGGGCCAGGAGCUGCGGCUGGUGCAGCUGGAGGGCGGCGGCGGCGCGGGCACCUACCGCGUGGGCCUGCCCGACGAGCUGGACGCCGGGGACCUCGACCUGCUGAAGAAGAGGCGCUCCCGGCGGCGCAACAGCAACUCUUUCUCCGCCGAGGACCAGGACGCUGGCUUGCUGGAAGGCUCUAGCCCUGGCCCCAGCCCCACUCCUGAGCCAGCCCCAGCUUCCACCCCACAGCCAUCCCUCGGUGGGAGCGCCUCAUCAGAAGAGCCAAGCCCAGGGGAGGAGGCCGGGCCGCAGCGGUUCCAGGACACGAGUCAGUACGUUUGCGCCGAGCUGCAGGCCCUGGAGCAGGAGCAGCGGCAGAUCGAUGGGCGGGCCGCUGAGGUGGAGACGCAGCUGAGGAGCCUCAUGGAGUCAGGUGCCAACAGGCUGCAGGAGGAGAUGCUGAUCCAGGAGUGGUUCACUCUGGUCAACAAGAAGAAUGCGCUCAUCCGGAGGCAGGACCAGCUGCAGCUGCUCAUCGAAGAGCAGGACUUGGAGCGGAGGUUUGAUCUGCUAAGCCGAGAACUGCGUGCCAUGCUGGCCAUCGAAGACUGUCUGAAAACGGCCGCGCAGAAGCACCGGGAGCAGCUCUUGCUGGCGGAGCUGGUGUCCCUGGUGAAUCAACGCGACGAGCUGGUCCGGGACCUGGACCACAAGGAGCGGAUCGCCCUGGAGGAGGACGAGCGCCUGGAGCGCGGGCUGGAGCAGCGGCGCCGCAAGCUGAGCCGGCAGCUGAGCCGGCGCGAGCGCUGCGCGCUGAGCUGAGCCCCGGGCCCCGGGGGUCCCGCCUACGGGCCGCUGUUGCCCUCCAGGGAGGCUGUGGGAAGAACCUUCCGCCACGCCGACCCGACCCGACGGGUCCUAUUUAUUUGUCCGUGUGCGUGUCUGCGCGUGUGUACGUGCAUGCGUGUGCGCGCGCGCGUGCGCGUUUGCAGGAGGCUGGGGGUCCCCAGGAGUGCCUCGCUGACCCCUCCUUGAAGGCAGGACCCAGCCGGCCAGCUGCAGGGAGAGGACUGGGUCUAGGACUGCCUGGCCACUUUCUACUGUUCCUCGGAGCAAUAAAGUUAGAUAACACCAGCACCCGACAUUUUCUUUGGGUAACUCAGGGGGUUCAGUGCAGGAAAGAGGGUGGUGCUUAAAGCCGCGAAGGUUGCCUUUGACCCCACCAAGGGCUCCGAGCUUCCCUAGCACCUCUGAGACAGAAGUAGGCUCAGGGAGGAGGGAGAUAGUGUUACUGGCCCCAAAGCAUCUCAUUUCAAGAGACCAAUAAACAAUUGGAAUUGUG